CAAAUGAAUUCCUCAAGUCUCACCCUGUGGAACUAGACUGCCGAGCACAUGUUCCAGCUCUGUCUUUGAAAGCUGAAAGCCCUAGGAUAAAUCACUUAUUCUUCUGUGUUUUAAUUUGCAGAAAGAGGAUGGUUGAAAGGAUUAAAUGAGUCCUAUAUGUAAAGCAUUUGGAACAAUAACUGGACAUGGUAAGAAUGAUGUAAGUGUUUGCUAUUAUUUUUUAAUUGAGAUGUAAUUAGCACAUGACAUUAUAUUAGUUUCAAGUGUACAACAUAAUCAUUCAAUAUUUGUGUAAAUUGCAAAGUGAUCACCACAACAAGUCAGAUAACAUCCAUCACCAAGCUAUGUAAUUAUUUUUAUUUUGUCCUAUGAGCAUCUCAAACUCAACCUUUCCAUAACUCAACUCCUCAUCUUCCCCCUAAGUCUGUCCCUUCUCCCAGAAUCCCUUUUGUAUGUGGUGGCACCCUCACCAGCCGUGUCACCCAAGCAGAAACCUUGUCUCCUCGCUCUCUAUAAACCCCUAUGUAAGAACCAACCACCAAAACUGUUUGAUUUUUACCCCUUAUGUGCUGCUUGAAUUUGUCCUCUUUAUCCCUUUCGUGUCAGCGUAGAUUAUUGUUUAGCAAAUAUUCACUCACCCAGCCUCCAAGAGAAAAGGGCUUGUCCCCAUCUGGUUGCUGUUGCUCUUGGCCAUGUGAAUUGCCGUCGGCAUUGGGAUAAUAGAGGACUUGACUCUGGAUAAGCAGGUGGACUCCGCCUUUUGUGAUCCAGCUCUUUGUCAUGUGAACCCUCCUCAGGGAGCCUACAUCACCUGAGCCACAGUGACUCAUAGAAGAACAAGCUUAUGCUUGUGUGCCACUAAGAUUUUGAGACUGGUUGCAAAAUAGCUAUUAAUAGUAAUAGCUCCCUGAUACCUCUUUCUAAGGUCAGUCAAUUGUGUCCUAUUUGGUGUACCUACCUCUAGCCUUAUCCCUCUCAACUCCAUCCUUCAAACUGCUACCAAGUUACCCUAAUGUACAAAUCUGAGUUGAUCUGAUUUACUCAAAAACCAAAUUCAAACAACUCUCAGAAAAAAACAAAAUUGAGAAUGUAUUGGCUCAUGUAAAUCUUCGAGAGGUGGUAAUAGCUUCUGGCAUGGCAGGACCCGGUUGUCAAACAAGUUCAUUGAGACUAUGUCUCUCCCUCUCUCAGCUCCACUCUCUUCUGUGGCUUCAUUCUCAAGCAGCACCCCCACCCCUCACCCCACUGGUGGAAAAAUUGCCAUUCAGAGGCUCCAAACCUAAUUCCAAUUUUAUUCACUCCAAAAGAAAGUGAAUACUUCUUUCCUAAUUGCAUCAACAAAAAGUCUCCUGGAAGACUCAUUGGACUGGUUUGGGGUGGAUGCCCUUCCGUGAACUAGACACUUUGAUGAGGCGUGUACAGUGCUCAGCCUUGAACCUGAGAAUGGAAGCAGCCCCAUUAAGUCACAUAAACUGAGAUGGGUAAGAAAAAUUUCCCCAAGGGGAGAAGAUGGGAUUUGUUACUGGAAGGCAAGAUAUGAAACAAUCAAAAGCAGUUGAUGUCCUGGCAUUAUUUCUCUGCCUAAAGCCCUUCAGUGGACUCCUCACCACCAUUAGAUGAACUCUCAGCUUCUCAGUGUGAACUACAAGGCCCUCAUGAUCUGAUCCUUUUUACUUAUCCAGCUUCACCUUCCUGUCACUGUGUGACGUGCCCAUCAGGCUCCUAUGACACUGCACAUCACGCCCGAUGCAGCUCAUGUGUCCCGUCCCCUUCUCCUGAAACACUCAUCCUCUUUCUCCAGUCCGUUCCUACUUACUCUUAAAGACUCCACUCAGGUCUCACCUCAGCUGGGAAAAUCCCUCUGAAACACCCAUUCCAGCUUGACACACUUGAACAUUUUAUUAACAACAAGGAGUUUGGCCCAGAGUAGUCUCUGGGAUUAAUGGCUAGAUAAAGCAAGGGAUGAAUGGGUGAUAGAGAAGAGUAAAAACUCAAUAAAUAUUUGCUUAAUGAAUGAAUUUGGUUUGAAAUGAGAAGUUUAUUGCCUCAUAUAACUGAAAAAUCUAAGAGAAGAGCUGAAUGUUUAGGUAGGUACAUAGAGAGAUAGACAGACAUAUGGUAGAUAGAUGGGUUCAGUGGAUUGUGUGCGUGGGAGGAUGGAUGGACGAAUGGAUGAAUAGAUGGAUGGAUGGAUGGAUGGAUGGAUGGAUGGACAGAUGGAUGAAUGGGAGGAUAGGUGGAUAGAUAAGUUGAUGAAUAAACAAACUCCUCCUCUCCCAAUAGUUUGGAAAGUGGGCCAGAACAAUGGCUUUCAAGUCUUGGGCAGAGUCUGUGCUGACCUGUGUAGCCCAUUUGAGUGGACAAAAUUCUGACCACUAUCACCAGGCACCCGAGCCUCAGAGGGAGAAAGAGGACUGAUCCUGGGCCCCCAUGGCACAACUGGAACAUCCUGAAAAAGAAACUGCGUGCUCUUUCCUGUUACAGAUUAACUUCCUGGCAAAUUGCAGCAUGUCUGCCACAGCUGGAGGUGGAUGAAGAGGCCUGUUUUUAAAAACCCUCAGCAAUCUCGAAUUUAAUUAAAGGAGCAUUUUGCACCAUCCCAGAGGAAACAAAACAAACCAUCCAGUUUCUGAACUUCUAAGGACCUGGAGCCUCCUUUGUUUGAUUUGGUAAAAAGCUGAGUGAAGUCCAUCCCUCGGGAGCUGGUGAAGUAAGCAUCCUGCCUCAAAACCUCACCACCAGCUGAGAACUUUUUUCCAGGAGUCCUGAGGGUGGACAUGGUUUCUGGGACUCGCCCGCCACCUUGGUGCUCUUGCUGGAGUGACAUCCCAUCUCAGCUGGACGCAGAGGGCGAGUGUCCCGGGAUGUUCCGAGGGUCAUACUCAGUUCCGGGACUCACAGACCCCCCGCUUGGAGGCCACUGCCCAGCCCCAGAAGGCCACCUCCAGCCAAGGCUGAAGAAUGGGGAAGAAGCCUUAAGACCGUGAACACCAGGAGUUACCCAAACAUGGGGGCACAUUGAGCUUCCAGCGGCUUCAGGCGCGUCUAUAGCAGUCAGCACUAUGGCCGAAGACAUCCAGACCAAAAUUAAGAACUAUCAGACAGCUCCUUUUGAAAGCCACUUCCCCAGCCAGAACCAGACCAGGAACUGCUGGCAGAACUACCUGGACUUCCACUGCUGUGAGAAAGCAAUGACUGCUAAAGGGGGUGACACCUCCGUGUGCGAAUGGUACCAGCGUGUGUACAAGUCCCUCUGGGUGUCAGCCUGGCAUGUCCACCGGGCAGAAGGCACAUUUCCUGGGAAGAUCUAAACUGGCCCCCCCACCUCAUCUGUCCUCCAUCCUUCUCCACAGGGUGAUGCAGGGGGACCUGGAUUCCUGGUGAUUCCCACCCUGGGAUCCUGCAUCAUGGUUUAACUAAUAAUAAAUACUCAUUGGAAAAGUGAAAAAAAAAA